AGAAGCCCCGCAGACCAUGCAUGUAGGCUGGCCGCGUUUGCUACUUCCUCUUCAACUCGUCAAGUUAGUCAGUCGGCUCGGUUCUUCCUAUGCGCUGUGUUUGUUAGUUGCUACAAUACUGCAACGUACAUUUAAUCUAAAUUAACAAACCACGCGUAUCUCGAAGAUGUCUCUUGAAUUCGAACUUUGCCCAGGCAGGAUGAUCGGGGGCAGCAACCCUUGUUUCAUUAUCGCCGAAAUUGGGCAAAAUCACCAGGGCGACAUUGAGAUUGCCAAGAAAAUGAUCAAGAUGGUUAAGGAUUGUGGAGCAGACUGUGCCAAAUUUCAGAAGAGUGAACUUGAGUUCAAGUUUAACAAGCGGGCCCUUGAACGUCCCUACACCUCCAAGAACUCCUGGGGAAAGACUUAUGGGGAGCACAAGCGCCACCUGGAGUUCAGUCACGAGCAAUACCGCGAGCUGAAAAAAUAUGCGAAAGAAGUUGGUAUAUUCUUCACGGCUUCGGGAAUGGACGAGAAGGCCGUCGAGUUUCUCCAUGAGCUUGAUGUACCGUUUUUCAAGGUUGGCUCAGGGGACACCAACAACUUCCCUUACUUGGAGGUGACGGCCAAGAAAAAUAGACCCAUGGUGGUCUCCAGUGGGAUGCAGUCGAUGGAGACUAUGCGCCGCGUUUACCAGACUGUGAAGAAGCACAACCAGAACUUCUGCAUUCUGCAGUGCACCAGCGCCUAUCCACUGGAGGCCGAGGACGUCAACCUGAGGGUCAUCACUGAGUACCAGAAGGAGUUUCCGGACAUUCCCAUUGGCUACUCCGGCCACGAGUCUGGCAUCUGCAUCACGGUGGGGGCGGUGGCUCUGGGGGCCAAGGUGGUAGAGCGCCACGUGACCCUGGAUAAGACCUGGAAGGGCAGCGACCACGAGGCCUCGCUGCUGCCGGAGGAGCUGGCAGAGCUGGUGAAUUCCAUUCGGACCGUGGAGAGAGCCCUGGGCACCGGCAUCAAGCAGAUGCUGCCCUGCGAGAAGGCCUGCCAUGAUAAGCUGGGUAAGUCUGUGGUGGCCAAGACGGACAUCCCGAAGGGCGCGGCCCUCACCAUAGAGAUGCUGGACGUGAAGGUGGCCGAGCCGAAGGGCGUGCCUCCCGAGGACAUUUACCAGCUGGUGGGGAAAACGGUUUCCGCCGAUGUGGCGGCUGACGACAGCAUCACCGAGGAACUGGUGGAGAGUUACGGGAAGAAGGUGAAGAGCUGAGCUCCGGGGAAGCCAUUCUCCCGCGGUUCAUCAGGAAAUACUGAUACGUAUGUUUGUUUGUUUUUCCCCUCGACCUUAAAAGUCUCAACCAGAGAUAAUAUAGGCCUUCGGUACGUCGUAACUGCACACUUUCGCAGUCUCGGAGCUGAUAGUAGGAGAGGGUGUCCCCGUUGUAUCUGUUCACGUUCAGUAUUUCCUGAUUUAAUCCGGAGAAAUCGCAUCCAUGACGACAGUCAAAGAGCACUACAGAAUGGUGAAGGCACACAGAGAUGAUCCAUAUAUUCAGAACCUGUAAGAUUAGAUUUUUUUUUCCUUUCACAUUUUUUGUUUGUUUACAAGAACGGGGUUAUCUCUACAGCAUGCUUGGCAGAGGGGGGUUAAGUCAUGAGACUGUAGAUGAAUUAAUGUGUAAUGUAAUGUGCACAGAUAAUCGCUAUCACUGUCAGAAUUGUGUUCAUUGAGAAUGUGAUGAAUUUGGUUGCCAACUGGAAAACCGUGCCAACAUGUUAGGCUGUUUACAUGUGCUGAAAUGUUGUCAAAUACAGCAGAAACUUGAACAUAAA